AUGGUCGAGUGCCCGAGAGGGUGGAAGCGAAACUUGAUCCCGAUUGAAGCUUACUGGUAUACCGACUCAACCGUCAAGGGAGAUAGGUGGACAUGUAUCUUCAAAUGCCAACCUGGAGUGCCUUCUCACGAUCCUCUGAUCGACGCUGCAAAGGAGGAUGUCGCGCAAGUCAAGGCAGAUAUUGAGAGCCAGAUUGUGGUCUUGUCAGAUUUGUCUACACCAGCAGGCAGCCGACCUGGCAGUCCUGGUUUCAAGGAGCUGCUGAAAGAGAGUCCAGCUGAGCAGCUUCCGGCUCAAGCGCAUAGGGUCGAGGAACGGACUUCUGAGAACUUUUUCGACAAGAAAGAUACUGCACUAUCCCUUACGAGGGACGAGCAACUCGAGUCAAGAAUGGUGGAGGCGCGACUGCAGUACUCGAGGAACAUACGUCAAGAUGCUCAGUGGAGACUUGGACUUGGGCGCAAAAGCUGGAAUAGCGAACCAAGGUAA